AUGGAGGUCAAGGAUCUUGAGUACACUUCGGGUGUUGGUAUCAAGGCAGUCUCCUUCGGCUACUUCAAGCCUGAGGAGCAGCGAGCGCUGAGCGUGAAGCGGAUCACGAGAUCCGUUACUUUUGACAGGCUCGGGCGGUCACAGCGAGAGGGACUUUACGAUCCUUCUCUUGGCCCCAUCGACCCCUUGGAGAGAUGCGAGACAUGCUCGCAAUCCUACGAUGACUGUCCAGGGCAUUACGGGCACAUCGAUCUAUCCCUUCCCACGUUCCACCCCCUCCUGUUCAACGAGCUCUACAAGCUUCUCCGAUGCUGCUGCUUUCAAUGCAACUCACUGAGGAUGAACGAGGAGCAGGUUGCAUUCUUCACCUGCGUCCUGUCUAAGAUCAGAGAGGGGAAGCUCGCAGAGGCCAGUGACUUCCUCUUGUCGGAGUCCUCGCUGGUUGUGGACUCGUUCAAUCCGAUGGAGCUGGAUCAUAACAUUAUCAAGCUGGCCAAGAAGGAGAUUCAGUGCAAAGAUUUCAAGUUUGAGAGCAAGACGCAGCAUCAGCAGGAGCUCUGGAACCUUGCUUGCUCCAUGUUCACGAGCGCCAUCCCGAAGAAAUGUGCACAUUGCAGUGCUGCGUCGUCGACUCUCAAGAAAGACGGAUACAUCCGAAUCCUGAAGAAGCCUCUGUCGAAGCGGCAGAGAGUACAUUCGUCCAAGGCCGUGAAGAAGGGCAAGGGCGAUGUCAAGGAGAAGGGGAAGGAGACGAAGGGCAAGAGAAAGUCGAUGGAGCUGAUCUCUGAGGAGGCGGAGGAGGAUGAGGAGGAUGAGGAGGAGGCGGAGGAUGAUAUGUCGGAUGACAACGAUGGGGAUGGUGAGGACCUGGAUGAAGACGACGACGACGAUGACGAAGAGGAGAACGAGGACGCGAACACCAAGUCCAAGCACGGCAAGUCCUCGCAGAAGGAGGAGGGGAUCAUGCAUUCCGAGGUGAAAGAGAGGAACUCCAAGGCAAAGAAAUCAGCCUCCGAGCUCCCGGUAAACAUCACCCCCCUCAAGGCCUUCAAUCUCGUCCAGAGAAUUUUCCGUCGCAACUCCGCAUUCUUCGACCUGCUGUACGGGUCGCACGCCAACGGCAAGCUGUCGUGCGAUGCCAACAUGUUCUUCUUGCAGACCCUUCUCGUAGCUCCCAACCGGUUCCGUCCCCCCAUCCACCUGGGGGAGCAGCAGUUUGAACACCCUCUCAAUGUGUGCCUCAAGAGCAUCAUGGUGGAGAACGAGCAGAUCCUGGAGCUGCUGGACAGCAACAACGGAAACAAGACAAGCUCUUCCCUUGACAGCGAGGUGCUGCUCAGGAAGUGGAGCAGGAUGCAGAAUUUUGUUAACCAGAUGAUCGACUCGACCAAGGCAGAAAAGGCGCAGGAGGGUGUCAAGGGCGUGAGGCAGGAGCUGGAGCGCAAGGAGGGGCUGAUGAGGAUGAACAUGAUGGGCAAGCGAGUGAACUUCGCCUGCCGUAGUGUCAUCUCCCCCGAUCCCUUCAUGACGACAGGACAGGUUGGUAUCCCUGAGGUCUUCGCGAAGCGACUCUCGUGGCCGGAGCCUGUCAAUCAGUAUAACGUGAAGCGGCUGCGGCAAGCGGUGCUCAACGGGCCUCACGUAUGGCCGGGGGCAAACUACGUGAUCGACGAGCGAGGAAACAAGAUCGACUUGUCCAAGAAGCAGGCGCAGUUCCGAACAGCCAUGGCGAAGCAGCUGGAGAAGAAGGACGCGAGGGGUCAGUGCUGGAAGGUGGGGAGGCACCUCAACGACGGCGACUACGUCCUGGUCAACAGGCAGCCGACGCUGCACAAGGCGAGCUUGAUGGCGCACCAGGUGAAGGUGAACCAGGGGCAGCGGGUGAUCAGGAUGCACUAUGCCAACUGCAAGAGCUACAACGCUGACUUCGACGGGGACGAGAUCAACGUUCACUUCCCCCAGGAUCAGUUCGGCCGUGCGGAGGCGGCGUGCAUCGUCAAGAACGACCUGCAGUACAUCGUGCCGACCGACGGGAGCCCGAUCCGAGGUCUUAUCCAGGACCACGUCAUCGCCGGCGUCCAGAUCUGCCAGCUGAACAGGAUGUUCAGCCAGGAGGAGUACCACGAGCUGGUGUUCCUUAUGCUCUCCAACCUCACCAGCGAGCUCGGUCUGCCCAACAACGAGAUCCUCACGGUCCCUCCCUUCCUCCUCAAGCCCGUCAGGAGAUGGUCAGGGAAGCAGCUCAUCACCACGAUCCUCGUCAACCUGCUGCACGACGUUCCUCCCAUUAACCUCGAGUCGCCCUGCAAGGUCAAGGGCAACAUGUACAAGCAGCACACGCACGAGGGGAAGCUGGUGAUCCGGGGCAACGAGCUCCUCACCGGCGUCCUUGACAAGAAUCACAUCGGCGCCUCCGCCUACGGCUUAGUUCAUGCUGUCUUCGAGGCCCACGGAGCUGAGAAGGCCGGCCUCCUCCUCACGAUCCUCGGCCGCCUCUUCACUCACUUCCAGCAGACUCAUCGCGCCUUCACCUGCGGCGUUGAGGACCUCAUGGUGACGGAGGAAGGAGACGCCAAGAGGGCGCAGGUCCUCGAUACGGCAAACUGGAGGACCCUCGACUCCUCCGCCAAGUUUGCAGAGAUCAACUUCGAGGACGACUGCUCCAAGGCGACGGGCAAGGAGCUGGAGAGGAGGAGGAGGGCCGUGCACGCUGCGCUAGCUCACCUGCUGUUCGAGGAGAAGGGGAGGAAGCUCAACGAUCAGCGCAUCUCGCAGGCCCUCGCGACCGUCACCUCGGGAGUGAUCGACGCGAUCCUGCCGGGGGGCCAGCUGAUUCCCUUCCCCGAGAACAACUUCGAGAUGAUGACGGCGACGGGCGCCAAGGGCUCCAAGGUGAACAUGUCGCAGAUCUGCUGCCUGCUCGGUCAGCAGCAGCUCGAGGGCCAGCGUGUGCCGGUGAUGGCGAGCGGGAAGACACUGCCAUGCUUCCAGCCGCUGGAGACAGACGCGAGGGCAGGCGGGUUCGUGGGCGACCGAUUUUUGACAGGCAUCCGACCACAGGAGUACUUCUUCCACUGCAUGGCAGGACGAGAGGGUCUGGUUGACACAGCAGUCAAGACCUCGAGGUCUGGUUACCUCCAGCGAUGCCUAAUGAAGCACCUCGAGUCCCUUACGGUGGCAUACGAUCGCACUGUGCGAGACAACGAUGGAGGAGUCAUUCAGUUCCUGUACGGUGAAGACGGCAUCGACCCAGAAACUGCCGACAACAUCGCGCAACAGCUGUCGCGCGUGAGCGUCUCGGAGCUGAUCAACAAGGUGGAAGUCAAGGACAAGAUCGUUGAGCGCUCCUCCUCCUACGCCCGCGAGUACGAGGUCACCAUCACCCUCGAGAAGCCUCACAUGCUCCCGGCCUCCCUCCAGCGCUCCACCACUGCCCGCGAGGCCCUUCCCCAGACCCUCUCCGGCCGCUUCUGCCUGCAGAUGCUGCUGGCCUUCGAGCGAGAAAUCCUCAAGGACGCGAAGACGAGGGGGCUGGAGAUUGUGUCGGGCAUGUCUGAGACAAGCAAGCGAGGAGGAGAGGAGGAAGAGGGAGAGGGGGAGGAGAAGCAGGGGAGAGAAGACAAGGCGAGAGACGACUCGGAGGAAUCUUCAGAGGAGGAGGAGGACGCGGAGAACACCAACGCCAAGGACGAGCAGAAGAAGAGCACGAGCAAGGGAUACAGCGAUGCAGACAAGGCGGACAGGAAAGCGAUGAAAUCAAGCAAGCAGUCAAGCAAGCUCACGACGGAGGAGGGCGACGAGGAGGGAGAGGACGACGACGAAGGGGAAGAGAAGGACGAGGGGACGACAGGGAGCAUCACGCUGAUGACGAUGAAUGAGCGGGAGAAGAACAAACUGGAGAACAUGAAGAACAAGUACUCCGUCUCCACGCAGCUGCACAGCAGCGGCGACUUCGUCCUGCGCAUGAGCGCGCCGGUCGGGAGAAAGCGCGUGAUGCUCGUACAGCUCAUCGAGGAGGUGGCGGCCCGCUGCAUCAUCCAGGAGCUGCCGGGGGUUCACAAGUGCCACGUCAUCGGGCCGGCCAAGGACAGCAGCGACAAGCAGCACAGUAUCAUGACUGAGGGCGUAAACCUCGACCUCCUCGCCCUCUGGCAGCUCAACCGUCAGAAGUCCAUCGGGGGGGCGCUGGACCUGAACCGGCUGCGGUGCAACGACAUCACGCAAGUCCGCAACGUCUACGGGGUAGAGGCAGCGCGCAAGAUGCUGCUGGAUGAGAUCAGCAGCGUCUUCGGGGCCUACGGCAUCGGAGUUGACCUCCGACACCUCUCCCUCAUCUCCGACGCUAUGAUGUACGCCGGAGAGCACAGGCCCCUGAACCGCAUCGGCAUGAAGUUCUCUGCCUCUCCUCUCCUCAAGAUGUCCUUCGAGACUACCUGCACUUUCCUCACCGACGCCACCACCAUGGCUGACUCGGACGACCUGCAAUCUCCUUCAGCUCGCCUGAUCCUCGGACGCCCGGUUAAGACAGGCACAGGUUACUUCGAUGUCCGUCAGAGGAUGCAUUAAUCAGUUAAUGAAAACCACCAACCCGCGUC